AGCCAUUCGGUAUCCCCAUUUGUAGACUUACCUUGCUGGAGUAAACAGUAAACCGAGCGUGGCGGCCCCGGCAGCCCCAACAACCAACGAGAAGAGAGUGUAGUGGCUCUGUCUGAAACUGAAAAGUGCUAAGUGAUCGAUUGAGUGAGGCGAGUUUUCAGUGACCGAACCGAAGUGAUUAGUUGUUGUAGGUAAUUGCCACACAAUUCGCGGUGGAGGUGUCGAUUAAGCUCGCUUUAUCAGCUGAGAAGUUCGCGCCACUAGGUACGCUGGAAAGCUGUGCUGACUGUGAUCUGUGAAUUGUUGAUCGUUAAUCGUUUCUUGGAAACAAACAAAAGACUCUAGGAGUGUGCAGAGUUGUGCAGAACGUAAGCGCGCCACAGCGAGACUUGAGGAGGUCCGUUCAGCUGCGCUUGAACCUUAGAACCGGUUGAAGUUGACUGUGAACCGAAGGUAGUUAAAGUGGUGUACUAACUCAGCUAGUAGGUACCAGUGAGUGAAUCGAGCAGCUCGCAGCAUACGGCGUAUGUGAACUUGGUGAAGGUGUUGGUCCCAUUCGAGAACGCCCGCCCCCCGUCGUACCACCGCGCGCACGCAGGUUGCUAAAGAUCGCGAGUGGGCGCGCGCUGCUGACUACUGAGCCAAGCUGAUUGAUCCAAAUAGAUUGGAGUGCUGUUGUGUGGUGUGCGCAAGUGGCUCAAUAAGGUUCUGACUGUGCGGCAGCCGGCGUGCUAGUGCGGAUUUCUGCGGCGAGAAGCGAGAAAAAAAAGAGAUUAGCUGGUGUGGCAACAGCAGGAAUUGGACUUUUGCAAACCAUGACAACCAAGGUCACGGUGCUCGUACUGCUUGCUGCGGUGUCAACGUUCUGCGCCGGCCCAGCCCACGGCGGUCUGCUGAGAACUCCAAAGGUCUACAAUGCCGUCAUAACGACCGACGAGAAUUUGACCCCGAGCCGAGCCUAUCCCGUGGUGCAACCGGUGGUGCACGAAGCCGGUCUGGCCUAUCCGUUCGGUGCGUUCGGGCCCUUCGGAUUGUACAAUGCGUUCAACUCGUACCCGGGAUUCUAUCAGCCGCAGCCGCAGCCGCAGCCGUCAGCUGCUGGCUCACCGGGAGCGGCUGUUGCCCAGCAGGUGCAAGGCCGAAACAAUGCGUACUACGCUCCGCGGAAUCCGGAACCACAACUUCAGGAAGCUCCUAUCGAGACAUUACCUGGCGCAAGACCUCCACCGGAAACAAAUCUUCCUCUCCGAGAAGCUCCAGCUCCCGAAGUUAUCCAAGAGCCAAACAAUAGCAUCGCACCAAAGGCUCCCGAAGGCCCCCGGCCCAACUACGAAGAACGCCCGGCCAACCAAAACAAUCCUCUCCAGCUGAACGAAUUCGGACUUCCUCCAAGUUUGAUUCCACUGUCUUCGUACAACGGAGCUCCGGCUCAGCACCAACAAGCUUAUAACUUGCCGGGAUACCCCUAUAACUUCCCAGUUCUUUACGAUUCCUUUGGGAACUACAACCCAACGCAGUACCAAUCCAUACUUCCUCCCUUUGGAUACUUCCCUCAACUGGCUCAACCGAAUCCAUAUUUCGCCCAGAACGUUCCCUUAAAUGGACCACUAAACAACGCCGUCGAUCCGCAACAAGUUAACCGCAGCGGACGCGAACAAGACCUCCCUGAACCCACGAAAGAGGACUUACAAAGCGCCACUCAAGAAAGCAAAGAAGCAGCCCCGGAGGAACCCACUGAAAGCGCUAAAUCAGAAGAGAGCACAACCGUGCAAAACAUCCCGGACAGUAUCAAGAACAAUGCCAACAAAAAUAAGGACAUUCCGGAUGUGCCGCCACCCCCGAUUCCAUCCGGUGCCAAGGAGGCCGAACAGUAGGGUGGUGCCGCCGGGCUGAGAUAUCAGUAGGGUUAAGUUACGCCCCAAACGCGUGGCUGGUGUUCGUUCACGCGUUUCACAUUUGUAGGAUACUCAUUGUUCAUCGAUCGUUUAUUUGAAAAUAAAACAUUGUUUUCUAUUUAAGGA